ACGCUAACAUGGCGACAUCUGGAGAUUGAUUCUCCAAAUUUAACGUCAAUUAAUAUUUACUGUUUGUAAUAAUAUAUUGUCGUAGUGCUAAUAACGAUAAUAUUUCCGUAAGUGUGAUAGAAUACAAUGGAAAAAGUUUCUCAUAGAAAUAAUAUUGAAAGAUCGAGGAAAGACACACGACGUAAAGGUAGGAACAAAAGUUAUGAUAGAAAAUACGACAAUGACGUAGAACGCUAUUCCAAAUCUCAUAAAAAUUCCAAAAAAUCGAAUACUAAAAAAAAAAAAUCCAAGGAUCGUCGAAAUUCAUCGACAUCACGAGAAUCACGGAAAAAAUCGUCCAAACAUAAAAGCAGAAGAAGAUCAUCCUCAUCCUCGUCAUCUUCAUCAUCCUCUUCGUCUGUUUCAUCGUCAUCGUCAAAUGAAUCGAAUAAAUCUUCUUCGUCUUCUUCGGAUUCGUCCUCCGACUCAACAAAACUUCUAGAAAAAUUACAAAGACAACGUCAAAAACAAAUAGAAGAACGUAAACGUCAGAAGGAAUUGAUGAAAGCUGCAGAAACUCCAGAGGAGAAGAGAAUAAGGAGAUUAAAAAAGAAAGAAGCUAAGGAAAGAAAACGUAAAGAAAGAAUGGGUUGGGACAACGAUUAUUUGCAUUAUACAAAUACUGAUAAUCCGUUUGGGGAUGGAAACUUGUUGUCAACGUUUGUGUGGUCAAAAAAAUUAGAAAAAGAAGGUUUGCUUGGUGUUAGUAGAGAAGAACUUGAGACUAGAAAUAGACAUAAACAAGAAGAAAAUAGAAAAGAAUUAGAAAAGGUUAAAAAAAGAAGACAAGAAAGAGAAUUGGAAAGACAACAAAGAGAAGAAGAAAUGACGCUAUUACAGAGAGGAAAGGAAGCGGCGCAAUUGGAACAAUGGGCGAGACAAGAGGAUCAAUUCCAUCUAGAGCAAGCGAGAUUACGAUCGCGUAUUAGGAUUCAAGAUGGCCGUGCAAAACCAAUAGAUCUUCUUGCAAAAUAUAUUAGUGCAGAAGAAGAAGUUGAUGCUGUGGAAAUGCACGAACCAUAUACGUAUUUAAGAGGACUACACGUUAAAGAUUUGGAGGAUCUCAUCGAGGACAUUAAAGUGUAUAAAGAAUUAGAAAGAGGAAAGAAUUUGGAUUAUUGGAAUGAUAUAACUGUAAUUGUCGAAGAUGAAUUGCAUAAAUUACGUAAAUUAGAAAGAUCUGAGUAUGAAGUAGCUGUUGGUAGAAGAGAAGGAAUUCAUGCAUCUGUGGCAAAAGAUGUUACUGCUAUUUUCAAAGGAAAAACAGCAGCUCAACUAGAAUCAUUACAAUUACAAAUUGAAUCUAAAAUUACUGGAAAGCCAGAAGGAGUUGAUAUUGGUUAUUGGGAAAGUCUGUUGUCGCAAUUGAAAGCUCAUAUGGCAAGAGCUAGAUUAAGGGAUCGGCAUCAAGAAAAUUUACGUAAAAAAUUGGAAGUCUUGAUCGCUGAACAGGGUGUAGCUAGAACGGAAAGCGAAGCAGAAGGAUCUCAAGUACCAAGUGAGCAUUCUACAAAACAGGAUGAACCUACUACUAGUAACGUUGCUGAGAAGAGCGAAGAAAGUCAAUCGGACGACGAGCAAGAAACUGGGAAUGCAGCGGAUGAUAUGUUAUCUGAAUCAUUUUGUGAAUAUGAAACAGGUGGUUACUCGCCGAAAUAUAUACCUUAUUCUCAAUUGGAGCCAGGAACGAUAGUUACUUUAGAAGAGGACGAUAAUCAACGUUUAGAAUACGCUAGAAAUCAAGUACUAAGUACUGGACGUAAAGUUCAAAACGUAAUGACCGUAGAAGAACAAGCGAUGCACAGAGAAGCAAGAAAAAACAUGGGUUCGGAUGAGGCACAAUUUAGCGUAGAAUCAUCAUUGGAAGCACAAAUUUAUUUAUGGUCGGAUAAAUAUAGGCCACGGAAACCAAGAUAUUUUAAUAGAGUUCACACAGGUUUUGAAUGGAACAAAUAUAAUCAAACGCAUUAUGACAUGGAUAAUCCACCACCGAAAAUUGUACAAGGCUACAAAUUUAACAUAUUUUAUCCCGACCUCAUAGACAAAAACACAACACCAGAAUAUUUCUUGACUCCCAAUGGCAAGGAGAUCGAGCGACCGAAAACUGCGAAUCUUGAUAAGCCUACCGUUCUAAAUCCAGAACUAGUCGACAAACUCGACAUGUCCUUGCUGAGUAAGGAAUUAUUUUGCGAUUCUAUGACGCGUUACCAGCAAGAGCUGACGAAGACGAUUAGUGGGGGCAACUCUACCAGCGCCUUUUUCCCUUCCAACCGUCGUCGUCAAACCGUUCUCCUCGGUCUCCAACAACAACAGCACCAACACCUUCGCCCUGCUUGGAACGAUCGCAUAGCUUUACGUCAGAAACGUCGUAGCUUCGAGCAGAUCCUCGACGCGAGAUUUUCUCAAAUCGAAACUGUCCCGGAAUCGACGAAGAUGCAAAAGCAAUCUCGUCUAAUCAAUCAAGAAAAUUCUAAUUUCGGAAAGAAAUUGUCGUCGGACGUUAAAAGAUUCGAUAAUAAUAACAACAGAAACAACGCGAACGGUCCGAUCAAAGUUCAAACGUUAUCGUCGUUGAGGAAAAAAAAUUCAAGAGCCAACAUGUCGGACGUCGAGGUCUUCACGAGUCUGACGAGCAAAAACGUUCCAGAACCGUGUAGAACUUGCGGACGAUCGGAUCAACCCGAAAGAUUUCACAGUCAUCCGAAGGAUGGUAGACCUGGAAAAACAAAAAUUGCUAUGUCAGUAUCGUCGAAGAGCAAGAUGUCGAUACCAAAGACCAUUCAGAAACCGAUGCCAUUGAAUUUUCGCAGCGAUAAAAAUAAAACGAACAAACCGGACGAAGCUAUGACCGUUCGAGAUGUUAAAACGAAAGAGAUUGUUUCUGAAGAGCGAUCAAAUCGAUCGAUGAGACCGUCCUCAGCUCCGAUAAGAAGAGGACCAAAAACUGUAACUUGUUACAUUUGUGGUCGAGAAUUCGGCACUGCUGGCUUUCCCAUUCACGAACCCAAGUGUAUGGAGAAGUGGGAACGAGAAAACAAUUCUCUACCGGUCUCCCAAAGACGACCUAAACCUAAACGACCCGAAGUUGCAAUUGAUCAUUCGGAAUGGAACGCAAUUGCUUGGGAAGAGAGUCAGACGCAAUUGGUUCCUUGCUCGAAGUGUGGAAGAACAUUUUUACCAGAACGUUUGUUGAUUCAUUCGAACAGUUGCAAAGCUAGUCCAAAGAACUUGGAUAAAGAGAAAACCGAGAAAAUAGAUGUUUUUGGAAAAUCUUCAACGACCUCCGCUCGAAGCGGUCCUCCUAUGGUAUCUUGUCAGAUUUGUGCUAGAAAUUUCAGCACAAGAAGUAUAAAGAUUCACGAACCACAAUGUAUGAAACGAUGGCAAAUGGAAAAGGAAGAGAACUCGCAAAGAAGGGGCUCGUCACACAAAGGAAAAUCAUCCCCUACUGCGAGCUUGCAGGAAAAUUCUUUGUACAGCCCUAAUGGGGAUAUAUCGCAGAAACGAACGAUCACCUGUUAUAUAUGCGGCAGAGAUUUUGGAAGCAGUAGUAUAACCAUACAUGAACCGCAAUGUUUGAAAAAAUGGCAUUUGGAGAACAACAAAUUAUCGCCUAAACAAAGGAGAAAGGAACCGCAAAAACCAGACAUUAUUUAUACGAAAGAUGCAUCUACGGGGGAUGCUGUAAUAGACAUAUCCGCGACGGCAGAAGCUAACUGGAAGACUCAUCUCAAUCAAUUAGUUCCGUGUAAAAAUUGCGGAAGGACUUUCAAUCCUGAUCGUGUAACUAUUCACGAAAGAAGCUGUAAAGGAAAUCGUUGAAGGUCGCAUCGUACAUUUUAAGAUCUCAUAACAUAUAUAAAUGCAUCUGUUCAAGUAUAACAGUAACGAUAACCAUUGUUGGUCACACGUAAAAAAAAGAAAAGAAAAAAAAAAUAAUUAACUUUAACACGUUUUUUGGAGAAAUACGGAUAUUAGGACUUGUACGAUAAAACGAUAAUAUUUGUUUGAAUUACUCGAAUGUUGCAAGACUGUUACGAACAAUUUGCUUUUAAGUUAAUUUCGUUUUUAAUUCUAUACAUUCGUUAUUGUUUAUGUGUGUGCGUGUGUGUUAUGUAUGUACAGAUACUAUUAGAUUUCUCGUAUUUUAUAGAUCGAGUGAAUUACCAAAUAAUAUUUGCUAUGUAAAGUGAAUAAACUGCAAGUAAUGAUAUACAACA